AUGAAGAACUUGAGCUUAGGAGCAUGUGUCCUUGCACUGUUCAUUCUCUUUGUAACAGAUGCUUUACAGGCUGAAGCUCAGGCCUGCAAACCAAGUGGUCAUAUUACGGGAAAAAAGCCUCCUCCUGGACAAUGCAACCAGGAAAAUGAUUCUGAUUGUUGUGUUCAAGGCAAGCCCUACAAGACCUACAAAUGUUCACCUCCUGUGACUGGCAAUACAAAGGCAGUUCUCACCAUAAAUAGUUUCCAAAAGGGUGGAGAUGGGGGCGGGCCAUCAGAAUGCGACAACCAGUACCACUCUGAUGACACCCCAGUCGUGGCACUAUCAACCGGAUGGUACAGUGGAGGAAGCAGAUGCCACAACAACAUUAAAAUAAGUGGUAAUGGGAGGACAGUGACUGCUAUGGUUGUUGAUGAGUGUGACUCUACUAUGGGAUGUGACGAAGACCAUGAUUUUCAGCCUCCAUGCCCUAAUAACAUCGUUGAUGCCUCGAAAGCUGUGUGGAAAGCCCUAGGUGUGCCUGAGGAUAAUUGGGGCGGCUUGGAUAUAACUUGGACCGAUGCUUAG